AUGAGACAGAGCUGCUCCGCUCUGCGUGUGUACGUGUGUGUGUGCGUGUGUGUGUGUGUGGAGGAGAAAUUACGAGACAGAGAGGGCCACUCUGUUGUGGAGGAGGACCAGGCGAUCGAAAACACAACAGAGACGCUGUUUAGCUCACAUUUGAAGGCUUUUGCAGAGGAGGCCGUGUAUCGGUUCUCCCCUACGUUCGACUGAUUCUGAUUUUGGACCCGGCUGCUCCUCUUGUAUGUAUGGGCUCGACAGGCGCAUCUCUCGCCUCCCGAUAGGACAUAACGGGCAGGGCAGCCUCCUAAUAAUUAUUUAUUUCGCUCUCUCUGCGCCGCAACACUGGGAGAAACGUGAUCGAGAGGCAGCAGCGUUAACAACGUGCUGAUCAUGGAUUAAUGCCCGAGUCAAUUUUCAUCUGAGAGGUUCCCAAUGUUGAACAUGUCCACCCCCAGCGAGCUGAAGUCUCCCUGUGUGACUCGCAACGGUAUGGUGAAGUUGCCCCCCAGCCAGCCCAAUGGUCUGGGCAGUGCGAGUAUCACCAAGGGGACACCUGCUGCCAAGAACCGCCUGUGCCAGUCCUCCUCGGUUCCCUCCAUCUUACCCCCUCCACCCUCCUCCCUGCCCUACCACCACCACCACCACCUGGACGGCCCUGGCAUGCCCCACUCAGCAGCCUCUCUCAUGACUUCCGACCUAGAGACUGGAAAGCCUCUGGUGGGCUUGAAGCCGACCCUUCGCCAGCUUCCCCCUCUCACUCUACCCAAACCCAUGCUGCUGGAGCGCCAACUCGUCCUGGAUGAGAAGCUGCUCAACCGACUGCUCUGGUACUUCACCACAGGUGAAAAAUGUGUGCUGGCACAGGUAUGCAAGACAUGGCGCAAGGUGCUCUACCAGCCCAAGUUCUGGGAGGGUGUAACACCCAUCUUGCAUGCCAAGGAGCUAUAUACCUUGCUGCCCAAUGGGGAGAAGGAGUUUGUCAGUCUACAAGCCUUUGCCCUGCGUGGCUUCCAGUCUUUCUGCCUAGUGGGCGUGUCAGACCUGGACAUUUGUGAGUUCAUCGACAACUACCCACUGUCCAAGAAGGGUGUCCGCUCAGUCAGCCUCAAGAGGUCCACCAUCACAGAUGCUGGUUUGGAGGUCAUGUUGGAGCAGAUGCAAGGCCUGAUGCAUCUUGAACUGUCAGGCUGUAACGACUUCACAGAGGCUGGCCUGUGGUCCAGUCUGAAUGCCCGGCUAACUUCCCUCAGUGUCAGUGACUGCAUCAAUGUGGCGGAUGAUGCCAUCGCUGCUAUCUCACAGCUCCUGCCCAACCUAUCAGAGUUGAGCCUGCAGGCCUACCACGUCACUGACACGGCCAUGGCCUACUUCACAGCCAAACAGGGCUACACCACCCACACUCUGCGACUUCACUCCUGCUGGGAGAUCACCAAUCAUGGUGUGGUCAACAUGGUGCACAGCCUUCCCAACCUUACUGCCCUGAGCCUCUCCGGCUGCUCCAAGAUCACUGACGAUGGUGUGGAGUUGGUCGCUGAGAACCUGCGUAAGCUCCGCAGCCUGGACUUAUCCUGGUGCCCUCGGAUCACUGACAUGGCCCUGGAAUACAUCGCCUGUGACCUGCAUAAAUUGGAGGAACUGGUGCUGGACAGGUGUGUGCGGAUCACAGACACUGGUUUAGGCUACUUGUCCACCAUGUCAUCAUUAAGGAGCCUCUAUUUGCGCUGGUGCUGUCAGGUACAAGAUUUUGGACUGCAGCAUUUGUUUGGAAUGAGAAGUCUUCGUCUACUGUCCCUUGCAGGCUGCCCCCUGCUGACUACCACUGGUCUGUCAGGCCUCAUCCAGCUGCAGGAACUGGAGGAGCUGGAGCUAACCAACUGCCCUGGAGCCACCGCCGAACUCUUCAAAUACUACUCCCAGCACCUGCCCCACUGCAUGGUCAUCGAGUAAGACCACUGACCCACCCCACCAACCAAACGACUGAUCGACCGCCAUACUUCAACCUUCCUCCUCUUUACUCUUCCUCACACUUCUUAAAUGCUAGCCAGGAGACUGAACUGCUCCCACUGUACCACACCGUUCUUCAUUACCUUCCCUUCUACCCCACCCGUCUUCCUCCACACCCAUUGAGUGACCCACAGGCGGACAGAGAGGCAGGAAGGCAGACAAUGGUACGUGCCAGACCCAGAGAAUGAUGGGAUGGCGUUUGAGCUCCAUUUAAGAAGAUGCAGGAAUGAAGAGCUUGGUGCGACGUCUUGUCUGACAGCAAGUUUCUUUUUCAGAAUCAGAAGGCUUUUGUUUGCAUAGGAGAGCUUCUCUAAAGACUUUGAUGAUUUUUUGAUCUGAGUGGAUACUGAAGGGAGUGACAUAUGCAGAUACAUAUGCAGCGUAGAGAAAUUGGGAAAAGGGAUAUAAAGACCUUUGUGUUUGAGCUGAUAUGGUGGAACUCACACAUGUGCUCAUUCACUGUAAACACAGUCACACACAUACUGUAUAUGGUAAGUGAAACAAACGUAAGUUCUCAAGACCAUGAGUACUGAUGUUUCUAUUUCCAUCACUCUGUGUAAUAUAACUGCUGUUAUUGUUUUUCUCAGAAGGUGUCAAAGGUUCAGUUUUCUCUUGUUUAGAGAGAGACACCAUAUGUCAGCUGGAGAAACAGGGAUCAGAAAGAACUGAAGAUGCAGUUCAGGAAGUGAAUGACAGGGAUGGAACAUCUCUCUCUCUCUUUUUCUCCCUUCCUCUGUGUGUAAAGUGUAUGUCAUGGACUCACAGGUUCCUGGCUUUUUGGGAUACCACCACUUUUUUUCCCAUUUCUGUGUCAGAAAUCAAAAAAAAGGAGAAAAUUUUAAAAAACAACUGUUUACAUUGUUUUUUGUGUUGGAAUUGCACGCUUGAUUGGCUCAUUGUUUCUCUUUUUUCCCCUCUCUUCUUAAUUUUUUGUACACUUAUUAUUUAAUUUACAGAUAUGAAGGAGAAGCUGUGGUAAACUGUGAAUGUUGUGUUUUUAAAGGGGAAAUGUGUUGCUGACGCAGUGCAACAAGGGGCCAGUCAAACGGAAAGCUGAUUGUGCAGAGAGCAUUCAAGUUUAAUGCUGGAGAGUUUCUGCUGAAGGCAAAAUGCUUUUCUUUCAAAUGAUGAAUAGAAUUAAAUCAUGAAUAGAAAACAAGGCACAUAUGGGGCUUAAACUGACAGUAAUAACGAUAUUUCUAAACUCAAUCUAAUAAAUUGCUUCGGUUAUCAGUAGUGAUAUUUCUGUUGGUUGGGUAGUUUUUUUUACAAAUUGGGAGGGGGGCAUCUGGUUGAACUGGAAUUAAACUUUCAUUUUUCAAAUCCUGAUAAAAACACAUGAUGUUUAGAGAUUGAAUCUGAACUUGAGUGUCCUGAAGCUGCUAAUGUGUUUUGUGACCCGCUUGGCAAAGGUCAGGUUACCUCAAAAGUAAACAGGGGAGGUGAGGGGAUUUCAGUAUUUAAUAUUAGAGCAGUUAUUGCAGUGUCCACCACAGGCCAGGCUCAGAUAUGAACAGCAGCUAAGAGUCCUUGUAAUUAAUUUAAGGAUAAUUUAGUUUGUGUGAAUUUGACCAUUUUUCCUACAAAUCCAGAGUCAGAGAAACUUAUGAAUGGCCUUUAGUACCUUAGUUAAUUAAUGUCAAUGGGAUCACAUAGUCUUAAGCUCUACACUUGAUGGCUGGUGUAAAGCCUAAAUGUCUAUAUUGUGAUUGACAUAUUAUAACCAUCACUUUCAUGAUAAUGUUCCUGAUAUCACUACAAACUUCAACUGUGAUAACAAACCAGCAUUUGGAAAAACAUAAAAUAAGUUGUUGCUUUUCAACCUGUUCACAUUUUAUUUGCUGACUCAUCAGAUGGGAUAUAUCUGAUAUAACAGAGUUUUGUUGGACUAGUUGAGAAGAAACAGCCCAUCUAAGAUUAAAACCCAGUACUGAUGAACAGAAACACUGCACCAUGGAGAGCAGUUUGAAAUAUUGAAGAUAUAGUGCACAUAAACCUAAGGUUUAAAUGCUGAUGGGAACUAAUGUGGUGUAUACCACCUCUAACCUAAUUCUAAAUUACCAUUUAAAUAGAUGGAGCCUGUUGUUGAGAGGAAGUUAUGCAAGAGUUGGUUUUGUUAGUAAUAAAAACAGUGUAACCACAAAGUUAUUAACUGAAAUCUAGGAAUGAUGCUAGAUAGCUAUAUCUUCAUUAGACCUUAGAUUCCGAUACACAUCCAUAAACUGAACUAAGCUAGGCUAAAUUUCAACAUGUCUUUGAUACAAAGGAGCAUCUGAAGGUUUGACUGGCUCUGGGUUAGAAGGAAAAAAAAAAACAAAGAAUUAAUUUAACAUGGAAAUAAUUUGAUGUUACCAAGCCAACACAGACAACUCUACAGGCACCAGUCAUGUUUUUCCCACGAUCAUCUGAUAUUAUAAAGGGAAAUGGACAAGCCCAGCAGUGAGCCACUGUUCUGCUCUUUGCCUCUUAUGCGUCCUUGGAUGUGCUGACUGCCAGCUGAAAGGAUUGGAUCAGUGUCAGCCAGUAUUAGGUUGUGCCAAAUGCAUUUGCAGCAGCACAUAAAAUGUGGCUGAUUGCCUGUAACUGAUAGCUGACUGCACUGAAAUGGACUGAGUGUGUACUGUAUGGACAUGGCAGACCAUGCAUGUUUUUAGUUGGUCUGCAUUUCUGUUUCAAGAAGGCUCAAUUUAGAGGUUGCUCUGUAUUUCUUCAUUGUACAUAAGUAUAUUUAUUUAUUUAUCUAUUUAUUUAUUUAAUUAACUUAAUUUGUGUCUUAUUCACAUGAUUUAUUUAUCGAAGAGACAUUUUUCAGAGGACUUUUAUGGAAGUAGCUUCAGAUUUGAGUCUGAAUGAGCUUACACAUUCAUUGCAAGUUUUAUUUUUUAUUUUUUAGAUUUUAAAUGGUUUACUGAUAUUCCAGACCCCUAAGAGAAAUAAUCUACUUAUUACACAUUUAACAUGUACUCUUUUAGCCCCACCAACAUCAUUAACACUGACUUGUUAAAGUUUUAAAACUUCAUAAUGCUCAAGAGUAUAUUUUCCUCUGUGUAAGCAUUGUCAACUUUUUGUCAUUAUUUUGGUCCAUUUUAAGAAUACAGAAACAAACAAUGGUGACAAGUUAUAUUUGCUGUCAGGCGGCAGUAAAAUACAGAGUAUGAUACACAUAAAAGUAAGUCUGAGAUUGACCACUGUCAUGGCUACGCAAUGUUUACGCUGUCUAUUAAUAUGACAAAGGACAAGAUCUCUGAUUUGACAAUGUGGAUAUUGAGGAUUGUAUUAAAGCUUAUUACUGACAAAACUGUUAAACCCAAAGCAAAUUUAAACAGGUUCUGAGCAUGAUCCAGCAAGCUAGCUUCAGCACUAGCUCUGUGCUCACUAGCUUUGGUUUGGGAGAGCUCAUGACUUUAUUAGAAUUUUAUGGUGGCAUGACACGUAAAGGACAACCUGAGGAUGGCAAGUCUGCUGAUGUGCAUUGGUAUAAGACAUUAACAGCCUUUUGUUAUUACUGAACCAGACCUGUAGCCAAGUGUUCAUUGUUUUUAGUUCAUUAAUUGGCUGCCAAUUAAUUGGCUGAGAACAUUCUGCUAAAGUUUUGGUUUGGCAGAACUAAUGACUAAAAUGCCUGUUUAGAAAGAUUUUUUUUCAAUUUUGUUUUUAAUGACUGAAUGAAAUGAUGUACUUUCUUCUGUUAAUUUACAGUGUCAGAUCAACAUGCAAAAAAAUUUCAUGCUCAAAAGUCAAGUCAUAUUAAAGAUCAAUACUGCAGAGUUGUCUAUAUUGAACUGAUAAGUUGAUAAUUGGUGCCUGCUUUAUCGCUCAUUUCAAAAUGUGUUUGUCAAACAGCCUCAAACCCUGACUCACAAUUUGAUUAAUGAUAAACACAAAUGUGUUUUGUGCUCUUUCAGUAUUUUAGUUUUUAAUGAGCUUCUGAUGGAUUCAAAUGUAAGUUUACAUAUCAUGAACUCUGACAUGCAUGGUCAUGCAUUUCUCAGCUACAAACAACUAACAACAGACCUUCCUAAGGUAUGUAAUCUAAGGUACAUUUUCUAAGGUAAAUAAUUCCUGUCACUUCUAUUACUGUCUACAGUCUUUGGUCUACAUCUGUCACCAUUUUGUUACAACCCUUGUACAGCACAACUUUAAGUAAGCAGUAAAAUAAAUACUGACAGUUUACUGAUAACAUUGCAAUUGGCAGAAUUUGUGUGCUCUUUCAGUUUGAGUGUGUUUUUUCCACUGGUACCUGUACUAAUCCUCCUUUGAUUUAAGACCAUCACUGCACUGAUGACCAGCAGCUUUUGUGCGUUGGUAGCUAUAAGGACAAUGACCAUUUGAAAACAGCAUCCACUCAUACCACCAUCACAUCAAUAUGUCUGUGAAGAAGUGCCAGGGUCAGAUGUGGACAGCAACGGGUUUGGAUUUCUAAUAGGAAAUGAAAUUAACUGAUCACAUGUAAAGCUGUGCAUAUGUCAGUAUUUUCAGUGGCAAGGUUGAAUGUUGCUAUAAAAGAAUGGAUGUGAUAAAUAUGUGUUGUUAGUUUUCCUGCAGGUCUUAUAAAAUAAAUAAAUAAAAUAAUAAAUCAAAUGUAA